AGUGUGCCAACUUUUCACCGAAGUCAUCAUCGUUCUUCCUCAGCGGGUAGCCGAAAUGGCCAACAAACAUCUUCGUCCACGGGUCAGUUGAAUAAUGUCGCCGGUAUAUGCGCCACCAGUUUAGCCUAUCAAAAUAUCCGAAUACCACACACCUUUAUGGUGCAUACCUAUGGUAUACCCACGGUCUGUCAAUAUUGUAAGAAACUCCUCAAGGGCCUGUUCAAACAGGGUCUUCAAUGCCGCGAUUGCCAAUAUAAUACCCAUAAGAAAUGUAUGGAUAAAGUGCCACAAGACUGUACCGGCGAAAGACAGCUGCAACCGAAUGAUUUCAAUGAAACCUUUACCCCGACACAUGGCACCGGACACAAGGAUCGUGAUAACUUCUUUCGCGAAGAAUUCGAUGAUAGUGAUUUUGAUGAGCAAACCUCAAAUGAUCACAUGCGUAGUGGAAUGGCGCAUAAAACGGGUGGACGACCCGGUUCGAUGGGUGUGCGCACCACAACAAAUGCUCAGAAUUCACCACCCGAAUUGGUCAAUGGGUUGAAGAGCAGCGAUAGUGAACACUCGACGUAUCACAAUGAAAAUCGUAGUGCCGGUGAAGGACAAUCUAUCGAUGGACAAUCGGAACAAUCAAGUUCAUCAUCAUCGCCAAGUGCCAAUAUUCCGCUUAUGCGUAUUGUACAAUCAGUGAAACACACCAAGAAACGUGGCGGCCAAGCUCUCAAGGAAGGUUGGCUGGUGCAUUACACCAGUUUGGAUUCAACAGUUAAACGUUAUUUCUGGCGUUUGGAUUCGAAGACCAUAACUCUGUUCAUUUCCGAGCAAGGCAGUAAAUAUCACAAAGAGAUCCCGCUGGCUGAGAUUCAGGCCAUUGAAACGAAUAAUGAUGUUCGGGUGGAUAAUAAUUACUGCUUUGAAUUGAAAACUCUUAAUGUCAACUAUUAUGUGGGUCAAGAUCCAUUGGCGGGUGUGCGGGAGGAACAGGCUGUCCGUUUACCACCACCGGAGAGUGGUAUUGGUACAGAUAUUGCCAAAAGUUGGGAGACCACAAUUAAACAGGCCUAUAUGCAUGUUACCAAUACACAAUGUUGUGAAUCUGAGGAAAAUGUCCAAGACAUGGGUCAAUUGUAUCAAAUCUUCCCCGACGAAGUAUUGGGUUCCGGCCAAUUUGGUGUGGUCUACGGUGGUGUCCACAAGAAAACGAAGCGGGAAGUUGCCAUUAAAGUUAUCGAUAAACUACGGUUCCCAACGAAACAGGAAGCUCAGCUUAAGAAUGAAGUUGCCAUAUUGCAGAACAUUUCCCACUGUGGUGUUGUGAAUCUCGAGCGUAUGUUCGAAACUCCCGAACGUAUUUUUGUCGUCAUGGAAAAACUUAAGGGUGAUAUGUUGGAGAUGAUCCUGUCCCACGAACGUGGACGACUUAGUGAAAGAGUCACGAAAUUUUUAAUAACACAAAUUUUAAUUGCCCUCAAACAUUUGCACAGUCAAAAUGUGGUCCAUUGUGAUUUGAAACCUGAAAAUGUUCUACUGUCAUCCGAUGCGGAAUUUCCCCAAGUGAAAUUGUGUGAUUUUGGGUAUGCUCGUAUUAUUGGAGAGAAAUCUUUUCGUAGAUCUGUUGUGGGUACACCGGCAUAUUUGGCUCCAGAGGUGUUACGCAAUAAAGGUUACAAUCGUUCUCUCGAUAUGUGGAGUGUGGGUGUUAUCAUUUAUGUCAGCCUGAGUGGUACCUUCCCCUUUAACGAAGAAGAAGAUAUUAAUGAUCAGAUACAAAAUGCGGCAUUUAUGUAUCCUCCUAAUCCGUGGAAGGAAAUUUCAUCGAAUGCCAUUGAUUUGAUUAAUAAUUUGCUGCAAGUGAAACAACGAAAACGUUAUACGGUGGAUAAAAGUUUGCAACACUAUUGGCUGCAGGAUAAACAAACCUAUCAUGAUCUACGCAAUUUGGAGAGACAAGUCGGCACGAGAUAUCUAACCCAUGAAGCUGAUGAUUUACGCUGGGCCAGCAGCACGGGUGAUAUGUGACCUGUUAAUGGUCACACAGCAUGUCCCACAUUCCAAUUAAAUGAUAAAAUUCCCGAAUCACCUGAACCGAAAC